AUGUCCGGACGGAACGCUCCGCGCUCAAAGAAUGGCUGCAGCACCUGCCGUCGCCGCAAAGUAAAGUGUGGCGAAGAGCGCCCCGUUUGCGCACGCUGUCUCAAUCUCAAUCUCCACUGCGAAUGGGGAAUCCCCGUCAAGCGCGCACGUGGCGCGCAGGCUCGUCCCCUCCAACCAGCUCCAGCCACCCAUGAUCUCGAUCCAAAUACGGUACUAGUACCUUCAUUCGGCGAUGAGACGCCUUGCAGCAUAGAUGUGCGCCUUCGUGACUCGUCGCCGGCCUCGUGGUCGGGGGAUCUACUCUAUGCUCGGUCACCGCAAUUGAGUUGGCUUUUCUGUCCACCUGUCGGACAAUCUUCCUUUUGCCCGUCUUUGAGCACACCGUUGACCGUGCCUGAUCUGACGUGCGCAAACUCUCUGACCCUGACGAGGACGGAUCGCAAAUACUUCGAAUAUUUCCCCUCGUCGUCUAUUGUUUAUUACUAUAUGAAGGGUUGGCAAUGGAGCACAUUCUGGUACCUCUACCAGGGACCUGCCGCUACGAAUAAAGUGAUUAUGCGAAUGCUGCUUGCCAUUGCUGCCAGUGACAUGCAUAGGCAGGGCCUCGUCGUGAGAUCCCCUGGCCUGCCGACGGCGGAUGAUCAUGGCCGAUAUCACUACAGUCUCGCCGUCAAAGAAUUCCGACAGCUACUCGAAGCUCCGAGAGAAAGUGUUUCCGUUGCAGAGCUGGAGAUCAUUUUCGCCACCAUGUUCUUGAUGGUGACAUAUGAAUGGCAGUUUGGACACUCAAUUCGUCAUUUGCAGUUACACCUCCACGGUAUUCGAUCGCUUCUGGAGUCGCAUCCACAACUCUUUCGCGUGCGGAACGUCGACGACAUGCUCAUGCUGCCCGACGCAGCAGAGGGGUCAUCUGUGCGGGAGUCUGAACCAGCCAAGGUCUCUUUCAUCUCAGAGCAAUUUCUGCUCUGGACACUAUACGUGGACGCAAGCUGUGGCCCGAUGGGGCUGACCGAAUCCUUGAAUGAUUUCGUGAUCCAAUCACAAAACCCGGCCUUGCACCCAGAUCACCUUUAUCGCUGUGCGCGCUUGUGGGCCCGAUGUUUCUGGGGCGAGCAAUAUCCAGACCAGGAGGUUCUCGAUGACAACGAAAACUAUCGGGCGCUGGAAUUGAUCCAUGCUGGGUUCUGCUUUCGUCAUCGAACGUGGAAGGUCUUUGUCGAGUCGGGGACCGGCGUGGAGACGAGCGAGUCACUUUUGCGUGAAAUGCUGUCCACCCGCGAUCGAUUCUCCGAUCUUUUUAUUACGGCCAGAAUUGCGGGCGGAGUGUCCGCAAGACGAACCCUGCAUACGAUACACAUGGGCGUAUGUACCUUUUACGCACAAAUCAUCUUCCACCGCCGCCUGCUGUGCCCCAACAGCCCUCCGGGCCCUCUGCAUAAGCAAGCUCUGGCCGGGAUCGUAGACGUGGCCCGCAAACAGUACACAUCAGAUCCUCGGCUGUUACGGCGCCUGCAAUGGCCCCUUUUGAUGGCGGUGAUUGAGAUGGGUGACCCCACUCAGCGGGAAUGGCUGCGACAACGACUCUUGGAAUUGAACAAUUGUCAUUCCGAGUAUGUGUGGACGAAAGAGGUGGCGGAUGAGGUUUUGAGACAGCAGGAUGGGAAGCCCGGCUUUUAUGCGAAUCUUGCAGACUUGCUGCGCCGACGGCUCGAGACGCAAUAA